AAUGUUCGCUGAAAAGAGUGACAAGCGAGAAGUGACGUGUCAACGAAUUUUGGAAUGAGUGAGGUUAGAUUGUCAACGUCGCGCCUUUGACUGAAUAACGAUAUAUCGAAUAUUUAUCUAAAAAAUUUUAUUACCAUUUCGUCAGCCAUGACGCUCACAAAUAAGAUGGAUAUUGACGAGAAAAAUGCUAAGGGAGAAGGUUUCAAACCGUAUUACAUUACGAAGAUUGAGGAAUUGCAGUUAAUUGUCGCUGAAAAAAGCCAAAAUUUACGGAGACUCCAAGCACAGCGUAAUGAACUCAACGCUAAAGUGCGUAUGUUGCGAGAAGAACUACAGCUUCUGCAAGAACAGGGUUCCUAUGUAGGGGAAGUAGUUAAACCUAUGGAUAAAAAGAAAGUUCUAGUCAAAGUACAUCCGGAGGGUAAAUUUGUAGUGGACAUAGAUAAAAACAUCGAUAUUAAUGAUGUAACACCAAACUCGCGCGUUGCUCUACGUAAUGAAAGUUAUACUCUACAUAAAAUAUUGCCGAAUAAAGUUGAUCCACUUGUCUCUCUUAUGAUGGUGGAAAAAGUGCCAGAUUCUACAUAUGAAAUGGUUGGAGGUUUAGACAAACAAAUAAAGGAAAUAAAAGAAGUCAUAGAGUUACCAGUUAAGCAUCCGGAAUUGUUUGAUGCUCUUGGAAUUGCACAACCCAAAGGUGUACUGCUGUAUGGACCACCUGGUACCGGCAAGACUCUACUUGCAAGAGCAGUUGCACAUCAUACAGAAUGUACCUUUAUUCGUGUAUCUGGAUCUGAAUUAGUGCAGAAAUUUAUUGGAGAAGGUUCGCGUAUGGUACGCGAGCUUUUCGUCAUGGCAAGAGAACAUGCGCCGUCUAUUAUAUUUAUGGAUGAAAUUGAUUCCAUUGGAAGUUCCCGAAUUGAAUCUGGAUCUGGAGGUGAUAGCGAAGUGCAACGGACUAUGUUAGAAUUGCUCAAUCAAUUGGACGGUUUUGAAGCAACAAAGAACAUAAAAGUUAUCAUGGCUACAAACAGAAUUGAUAUCUUGGAUCCAGCAUUAUUACGUCCUGGGCGUAUUGAUCGCAAGAUCGAAUUUCCACCUCCAAAUGAAGAAGCUCGAUUGGAUAUUUUGAAAAUCCAUUCUAGGAAAAUGAAUUUGACACGUGGAAUAAAUUUGAGAAAGAUAGCAGAACUUAUGCCUGGUGCAUCAGGAGCAGAAGUCAAGGGUGUUUGUACUGAAGCUGGAAUGUACGCUCUUAGAGAACGCCGAGUUCAUGUAACUCAAGAAGAUUUUGAGAUGGCUGUAGCAAAAGUAAUGCAAAAAGAUUCCGAGAAAAAUAUGUCGAUCAAGAAGUUAUGGAAAUAAUCAGCAAUUUUUUUUCAUUGAUAAUCUUCAAUUUACUCUUCAUAUGCAAAUCUUAUCUUACCAGAUAGCAAAGCAAUGUAUUUAAUAUAUGUAUAGAUUUAGAAACAUCAUCUAUAAAAUUCAAAUAAACAAAACUUUAUUAUGA